GUUGCCUUCCCUCUGCCUGUUUGUGUGUGAAUGUAACUUACAACAGGCAAGACAAGCAUUGUCUACUUUAGGUUGGCAAAAAUGAAUACCCAAAUGUAAAGCCAAGACGUCUAGCAUCACAGUUCCUGUCUCUUCAGUGAACAAAGCAGGCCUUAUGUGUCAAAGUUCACCUUCACCAGGGACCUACCAAGAUGUCCUGCAAGAACCCAUAACAGCAAAAGCAAUCUCCUAUUGAAAGUAUAAACCAAUAGCCACAUUAAUUUGGCGGCAAAUUUUAAGGAACGUACAAGAUCGAUCACGCAGUUGGGAAGACAUGCCGACUCACCUGUUACUGCCAUAUGUGGAGGGUCCUGAUGGGCUGGGCCAAGAGAUUCUGACCAGUAGCAGUAUGCCGGGGGCAGGAUCCAGUAUGACACCUCACUACACAACUGCUCAGAAAGCUGAAACAGAGGCAGAGGGAACCCUAGCCUUGUUUUGCAUGUUCUGUGACCGGGCCUUCACUCACCAGGAUGACCUGGGCCCUCAUGUCCUGACUGAGCACCCCACCACCUUGUUUGAACCAACAGUGUUACGCGUGGAUGCUGAGUUUCGAAUCCCAGGAGAGAGAACCUGGCCCAGACCUAGCUUACCACCUGAAAAUGAAGAAGUCUUCAAGUGUGUUGUGUGUGAUCAGGUCACAGAUGAUGCUGGUGAAUUGGAGACCCACAUGAGGAAGCACAGGGACCAUUUUACCUACAGUUGUAAUCUCUGUAGCCGGCGCUUCAGGGAGCCCUGGUUCCUUAAGCUCCACAUGAAGAGAAUACAUGGGAGCAAGGGGGGAGCGAAGAGCAAGGCCCAGCAGGACCUUGACACCCCUGUCACAAUCAACAACAUCCCCCAAGAACAAACGCCAGAGCCUGUCUCCACACUUUAUAAAAUGUGUAUGGUAUGUGGGUUUUUCUUCCCAGAUAAAGACCGUUUGUUAGAGCACAGAAAAAUGCAUACCAGAGAAACAGAGCUUGAUGAAGACAGAGAUCAAGAGAGUAUUGCUACUGCCAAGUCCUCGCUCAAUCAGGAAGCAUUUCUUCAGGGUCUUCAGCUUCGCCCUGUAACAAAGUGUUCUGAUAUGCAACCAGAAAAAUACUACAGGGGAAUUGCCCAGCUUGACCCAUUCAACACUUACCAAGCCUGGCAGCUGGCCACAAAGGGCAAGAUAGCAGUUGGUCCAAAUAUAGCAAAAGACAUGGGCCAAGAUGCUAGCUCAGACAAUGAAGACUCUGGUUCAGACAAGGAAGAACUGGGAAAUAUUUGGUCAGAAUCUCAAGGCGACAGGUCUGUUAAAGAGGACUCUGGGAGGCAGCUGAGGUCUAAAAGGCUACUGGGAGCAGAGACCCCAUCACCUGAGCCAGACCAGAGGUCUCUGAUCCGGAAAGACAAGCCAACACACUGUGAGGAUUGUGGGAGGACGUUCAGAACCUACCACCAGCUUGUGCUCCACUCCAGAGUGCACAUGAGGGAGAGGGGUGGAGAGGAAAGCCCCACUGCCUCCUUUGACGGCAAAAUGUCAAGAGCAGGUUCCCUAGACCAAGUAGAGGAAGGGUCUGAAGAUGGCUCAGAGGAAGGAACUGGGGAUGUCUUUUGUUCAGAUAAAAGUGAAGAUGGCAUUGAUCAGACAAAAGUCAAAACCCUUGCAUCCUCAAGGAUAUGCAGCUACUGUGGAAAAACAUUCCGUUCAAGCUACUGCCUCAAUGUUCACCUCAGGGUUCACACAGGUGAAAAACCAUUCAAGUGUGUAUACUGUGAUUAUGCUGGCGCACAGAAGACCUCACUGAGAUAUCACCUGGACAGGCAUCACAAGGACAAACCUUACUUUGAGAUCCCUAGUAGACCAGUGCUGCCAGGGCCCUCUCCUAGUGAGAAAGAAUCCACCAGAAAUAAGGAGGAGAAACGGACCACAAGCAGGUCCAAACUGUGGGUAACCCCCAAGGUUGGGCCAGGAACUAAGUCACGUGUCAAUGCUAAAGGAGAGGACAGGUGUAAUAGUUUGAGUGGUAAGCUUGCCAGCCCUCCUACCAAAGUGACUGCUGAGUGUGGGAAAUUAACCGCUAAGAGUGCUUUCUUUGCAGAAGAUGUCCACAUAAAAUACCCCAUACCUGUCAACCUGAAGAUGGAGCGUAAGGAAAUAAAAGACGAAGACAAUGAGGCCCCAUUAAAUCUGUCCUUAAAAGUGUCACUGUCUAUCUCCGCCACAUCAGAACCAAGAAAUGUGUUAGUUCCCAAAGCAUGUGCGUCUUGCACCUUUAAAACUCUUUACCCAGAGGUCCUACUCAUGCACAAGAAGCUGAUUCAUAAGGAAAAGUCAGACAUGACUAAGAGGAAUGGUAUCAGAGGCAGUGCUAAACUGAAGCGUUACACAGGCUGCCCCCCAGCCCUGGAUGGCAAAGAUGUCACCCCGCUUCCUCCAAUUGACAGGAGACAUCCUCGCCGUACCAAGUCACCCACCCCCCAGCCAGCAAAACCUUCAGAGAUGCGUCCCCAGAACCCACCUCAGGUCCCUAAAAGUUCCCCAAUCCCGUCACUCCAGAGGGAGUCAGGACAGGAGGGCAAGAGGUACAGGAGGAUUGAACCUCACACCAGCCAGAACUCCCCCUGGUUUAAAGAGGCAGGGCAGGAGUCCAUCAGCGGUGUGAGCAAAGAUGACUGCUAUGCAGUAGACCGACCGAGCCCACCUGACAGAGUGGGGAUUGGACAAAGGAGCUACUCGGUGAGGCACGACGUGGUCUGGCCCUCAGAUGCUGCCAGACUCUGUCUCUCCAGCCGGUUUGGCAGUCUGCCUCAAAUGGACUUUGGUGAAACCUCCAGCAAGAGGCCAAAGUACUCGUUGCCCCCAUGCAGGGAAAGUGGCACUGCUGAAACCCCCAGUUUCAGGACAGGGGAGGUGUCCAAAAGACUACCUACCUCAGGCAGGAAAAUGUCACUGCAAGGAAACUCCCCAUCUGAAUGCCCUCAGGCCUUUGCUCCUGUGAGAUCAUCUCCUCCAGCCCCCGGAAGCAUCGACACUGACUGGAACAUGAUCAACAUCCUACGCUCCUACUGCCCCAGUGACCUGGCCUCCCUCUACCAGGUCACAGGGGCCAACCCAAGCCACGGAGGCUUGACCAAUCCUAGGGCAGGUCUAAAGUAUUCUGAUGGUAUCAUGUUGCCACCUGCUUCAGUAGAAGGAAAGCGGUAACUGAUAGAUUAUUUUGUGAUGACCUACUGUGAUCUUUAGAUAAACCUUUAUAAAUUAGCCUACCUACAGUUUACAGUAUGUAUGAUGAUUGACUGUUAAUGUAAUGUAAUGGUAUGGAUGCACUAGAUAGAAUUUGUGUAAAGGAAGAAAAGAAAUCAUACUUUUGCAUGUUCAAUUGCGGCUGUCUUGAUCUUUUUUCAUACAUUUUUUCAUAGUCAGCUAUACAUUACUACAUUAUUUUGUCAAAGCACUGUCCAAUAGUCUCAGGCCUGACGGUUUACAGUCUUUAUUCACAACAUGUAUGAUAUGCAUCAGAAAUUGACUGUUGAAGGUCAAGAAAUGUAUUAUUUUAUCGUCAGAUAAAGCUGCUGUAGCUGUCAUGUGAACUACGACAGACAAUAUGGUUUCAGGAUGGAAUAAAAUGUCUGAUAUACCUCUUUGUAGCUAUCACUGGAUGGACAUGACGGUAUCAUUUUCAGUUGGGAUCAAGUAUAAAGUGCCACACGGAAUUCUGUGUAAAAGGUACACUGGUUUACCAGUGGCCUAUUAGUGCCUCAAAACCCACUAUGCUGUAACACAUGGACCAAAUAACACAAUAACUGUGGGGUUUUGUUUUGUGUGCAGAACAGUUCUCUAUAACAUUUGUUUUAAACACAAUUGUCUUAUUUACACAGUAUUCAGGACGUUUCUUAUAUCAUUAAGUGUCCUGAGCAGCAACUGAGUAAUUUGUAUCUAGUUUGUGGCAUGUUGACCUGGCUAUGUGCCUCACCAGUGGCCUUGGGGAUUGUCUUAUUUGGUGAUAUCGAUUGUGGAGGAGGAUAUAAUGGCCUUGCUCAAAGCAUUCUACGCUGAUGGAAACAAAUCUGUGAUUGCCUCAGGUUUCAGACUUUUCUUAUUUUCAAGCAAUUUGUGUACUUCAGAUUUAGUAAUCUGGUCUUUUGCCAUUUAUUAUAGAAUUUUGUGUUAAUUUAUUACCCUUUAUUUGGUUUUGUUUCUAAUAUUCACAUGUACUUUGUAAAAAGUGAAAUAUUGUUUAAAUAUGUAUGACAGUUACAAUAUAAUAAAAAAUUAGUCCAUUA